AUGGACAGAUUUAAUGAAAUUUGUUCAAGUUCUCAUAAACGAAAAGUGUCUAAUGAGAUUUUUGAAACACCACAAAAAUGGGCAAAGCAGCAAAAAGUAGAUGUUAUGAUAGCAGGUCCUGCAAAUGCCAAUCUAGUAUCGCAAGCCAAAGUGAACGACCUCGUAGUUGAAUUAAUUACCGAGGGACUAAUGCCAUUUUCAGUCAUUGAAAUGCCAUCCUUCAAGGCACUAGUUACAGGUCUCCAACCAAAUCGGUCGGUAAUAAGUCGACCAACAGUCAUAAAAAGGAUCAACGAGAAGGCGACCUUGGUUAAAGAAAAUGUAAAAGAUGCAAUGGCAAAGGCUCAACAUAUUGCAACAACAACCGAUUGUUGGACAGCUCACCGAAGAUCAUUUAUUGGAGUUACCUCGCACUGGAUUGAUGAACAAACAUUAGAACGAAAGAGUGCUGCUCUAGCAUGUCCACGUCUCAAGGGUAGACAUACCUAUGAUGUAUUAGCUGCAAAGCUGGAAGAUAUCGAUGUGGAAUAUGAUAUUCAGACAAGGAUUGUCAUGACAACAACUGACAGUGGAUCUAAUUUUGUAAAGGCAUUUUCUGUAUUUGGAGCUAAUGCUGAACAACCAGAUGAGUCAGAUGACUUUGUACCUGAACACCUUACAAGAGCGGAAGACAGCUUGGAGUAUCACCUUCCAUCCCAUCAUCGAUGUGCUGCACACAGUUUAAACCUAGUUUCUACUGUUGAUGCAGAGAAAGCCGAGGAACACCUGAUCUAUAAACGAUUGAGCAGGGGAACUUUUGCCAAAUGCCAGUCACUCUGGAAUAAAUCAUUGCAUUCCUCCCAGGCAGCAGAAGUUAUUGAGGAUGAAUGUGGUCUUGUCCUAUUGAAACCAAAUGCAACCCGCUGGAACUCAGUAUUUUUGGCAGUGGAGCGCCUGGUCCGCAUUAUAAAGGAGAACAGCGAAAAUGCUAUCCACAAGCUAUGCACAGAGUUAAAUUUGCCCAAGUAAGCAUCAAAUAAAUGUAGUAGCUCAGCAAUCAAGAGUCAACAAGAUUAAUACAUAUAUACCAUUUAUAUUUGUAUUUAUUCAAAAGAUUGAGUGUCUGUUUGUUUUAGAAAUUUUUUGUGUCCUUUGUAGAUUUAAACCAGCAGAAAUCCAGUUUCUGAAGGACUAUGCCCAUGUGAUGAAGCCAGUAGGACAAUCAUUAAAUAUUUUGCAAGGGGAAAACAAUCAUUCAAAUGCUUAUAUGGACUAUCUUGCUCCAACGAUAUCACUGCUGAAAGAAAAGCUACUCCAAAGGAGAAGCUCAACAACACGUUGGAACCCCUGGUAGAUGCUUUGUUGUCUGGUAUUGAUAAAAGAUUUGGUUCAAUUCUUGGUGAUGAGAAAAUCAUUGCUGCAGCCAUUCUUCAUCCAAAGUUCAAGGACCAAUGCACUGAAGACAAAGAUUUGGUUCAGAAAGGUAAUAGCCUAAUAAGAUAG